ACACCCGAUUCCGGUGGUCUCCGUUCCACACGGCCUGUUCACACCACCAAGAUUCGUGCAGGAGGCUCAGCCGGACCGUAUUAAAGGCAAGCAACCGCAGUCGCGGCCGCCCUCUCUCUCCCUGCGCCUCUGGCUCGAGCCGUCUACGAUUUCCUCUCGCCUUCCUCCCCCGCCGAGCCCUCCAAACCCUAGGCGCCGCCGUCCAGGAAGCCCAUUUACCAGCCAUGUUUGGACGCAUGCCAAGGAAGACCAGCAACAACACCAAGUACUACGAGGUGCUUGGUGUAUCCAAGACAGCAACCCCGGAUGAGUUGAAGAAAGCUUACCGGAAAGCUGCUAUAAAAAACCAUCCUGACAAGGGCGGAGACCCUGAGAAGUUUAAAGAAUUGGCACAAGCUUAUGAUGUUCUCAAUGACCCUGAAAAGAGGGAGAUUUAUGACCAAUAUGGAGAAGAUGCAAUCAAAGAAGGGAUGGGAGGCAGCGGCGGCGCUGAUAUGCAUAGCCCCUUUGACAUAUUCGAACAGCUAUUUGGGGGUGGCGGCGGCGGCUUUGGAGGUGGUAGCUCGAGAGGACGCAGACAAAAGCGUGGUGAAGAUGUGGUGCAUACCAUGAAGGUUUCGUUAGAAGACUUGUACAAUGGUGCUACCAAGAAGCUAUCUUUAUCACGGAAUGUUCUUUGUGGAAAAUGCAAGGGAAAGGGAUCCAAGAGCGGGGCAACGGCUACUUGCAGUGGUUGUCGUGGUGCAGGAAUGAGGAUGAUAACAAGACAGAUUGGACCUGGCAUGAUCCAACAGAUGAAUACUGUUUGCCCUGAAUGCAGAGGAUCAGGCGAGAUGAUAAAUGACAAGGAUAGAUGCCCAAGCUGCAGAGGGAACAAAGUAUCCCAGGAGAAGAAGGUCUUGGAGGUUCAUGUGGAGAAGGGAAUGCAACAUGGCCAAAAGAUUGUAUUCCAGGGUGAAGCUGACGAAGCUCCUGAUACAGUGACAGGAGACAUUGUUUUUGUCUUGCAACUUAAAGAGCACCCAAAAUUCAAGAGGAAGUCGGAUGACCUAUUUGUUGAGCACACGAUCUCUCUGACUGAGGCUCUCUGUGGCUUUCAGUUUGUUCUGACCCAUCUUGAUGGUCGGCAGCUUCUGAUCAAGUCCAAUCCUGGGGAGAUGAUCAAGCCUGGCCAGCACAAGGCCAUAAAUGAUGAGGGCAUGCCCCAGCACGGCCGGCCGUUCAUGAAGGGUCGCCUGUUUGUCGAGUUCAGCGUGGAGUUCCCUGAGCCCGGAGUACUGACCCCUAGCCAAUGCAAGUCACUUGAGAAGAUCCUGCCGCCAAGGCCAGGGAGCCAGUCGUCGGACAUGGACGUGGACCAGUGCGAGGAGACCACCAUGCACGACGUGAACAUCGAAGAGGAGAUGAGGCGCAGGCAGCAUCAGAGGCGGCAAGAAGCAUAUGAUGAGGAAGACGAUGACGAAGGCGGUGCACCAAGGGGUGUGCAGUGCGCCCAGCAGUAAGGAGGCGCCGGCAGCGGUGUUAAGGGCGCACAGUCGGCAGUAGUCGACUGCAUUCUAUUGUUCCUUUCUCGUUUAAUUAAAGUAGCUGAUCUGAUGCGCGGUAUUAUUAUUCUUGGCGUCUUAAGAUUAUGAGGUUGUUAGCCAUAAGUAUCAUUCGUCCUUUUGUUGGCCUAUUGCCUACUCUGUCGUGUACCAGCAGUAUUAUUUUGGAGCCCAGACUUGAUAUUUCAGACUUGGUUGGGUGAA